CUGCAGCGGCGCGCUAGGAAUCACGAACAGAGACGCGCAAUGCACAGGGAAUGGCAGAGGGGCUCACUAUCGAUUCAUUUGGGCAUUCCAUAUCUCAGUUAGCAGGGAUGGUGAGGCACAGCCAGAUUGCCGAGCUGCAGGCUUUCCAGCAUUCCCUUCAGAGCAACUCUGUGGUGUCAGGCUCCGUGGGGGAUUGCCUGCAGGCCGGUGGUCCCUCUGCUCAGGAGCUCGCUUGCUUCCCCUCGGCCUCCACAGCCAUGGAGGCCAGCAAGCCUGUGGACAUUGCGGAGCAUCCUAUGCGGAAGAAGAAGAAGAGGAGGACCAGAGCCACUGACAGCUUCACUGGAGCAUUUACAGAUCUGUACAAGCUGACAGAAGAGAUGCUCGGGCAGGGGGCUUAUGCCAAGGUGCAAGGUUGCAUAAGCCUGCAGAAUGGGAAUGAGUAUGCUGUGAAGAUCAUUGAGAAGAAGGCUGGACACAGUCGCAGCCGUGUUUUCAGGGAGGUGGAAACACUCUACCAGUGCCAAGGCAACAAGAACAUUCUGGAACUAAUUCAAUUUUUUGAAGAUGAUAAUUGCUUCUACUUGGUGUUUGAGAAGUUAAAAGGAGGAUCUAUCCUGACCCACAUCCAGAACCGUAAGCACUUUGAUGAGCGGGAGGCCAGUCGAGUGGUUCGGGAUAUAGCUAAAGCGCUCGACUUCCUUCACACCAAAGGUAUUGCUCAUCGUGACCUCAAGCCUGAAAACAUCCUGUGUGAAUACCCUGACCAGGUGUCUCCAGUGAAGAUCUGUGACUUUGACUUGGGGAGCGGUGUGAAGCUGAGCAGUGCCUGUACCCCCAUCACCACCCCUGAGCUCACCACUCCCUGUGGGUCUGCAGAGUACAUGGCCCCUGAGGUAGUGGAGGUGUUCACAGAUGAGGCCUCAUUCUACGAUAAGCGCUGUGACCUCUGGAGCCUAGGGGUCAUCCUCUACAUCUUACUGAGCGGGAGCCCGCCCUUCACCGGUCACUGUGGGACGGACUGCGGCUGGGAUCGCGGAGAGGCCUGUCGCGCCUGCCAGAACAAUCUGUUCGAGAGCAUCCAGGAGGGGCAGUACGAGUUUCCAGAGAGGGACUGGGCCCACAUCUCUGAUGGGGCCAAAGACCUCAUCUCCAGGCUGCUGGUGCGAGAUGCAACACUGCGCCUCAGUGCUGCCCAGGUCCUACAGCACCCUUGGGUGCAGGGAAAUGCUCCAGAGAGAGGCCUUCCAACUCCACACAUUCUUCAAAGGAACAGCAGCACCAAAGACCUGACGCAGUUUGCCGCGGAUGCCAUCGCCUUCAACCGGCAGCUGUCCCAGCACGAGGAGGAGUGCGAGGACGCCAGCGCCUCGGUGGUCUGCUCCAUGAAGCUGUCGCCCCCCUCCAACUCCAGGCUGGCCCGCCGCAGGGCACAGUCUAAUGCCCUUCGCGCCCGAGACUUCCUGCCCACGGCCGAGGAGCCACCAGUGUGAGCCGCGACCCCCCCCCCCCGACCACACACACACACACACACACACACACACACACACACACACACACACACACACACACACAC